AUGUAUAAGUAUCUAAGCAAAAACUCCUAUCUUAGAACUUAUACUAGAUUGAUAAGAUAUCAACAUAACUUAUCAUCAUUUCAAAACUAUAAGAUUCAUCCCAGGUUGCUUACAUUAGCAGAGGAAAAAUGCCACAAUGAAUCUGAUAAUAUUAGUUCAAUGUCUAAUACCCAGAUGCCUAAAAUUAAUUUCGUUCAAUUAAAAUAUUUAACGAACGCAUACAAAACACAAUUGCAGGAGCUUCGGGAGCUAAAGGAUAUAAUUGGUAAUGAGCCCUCACUUGCGGAUGAUGCUAUAAUCGAAUAUGAACAAUUAAUGCAACAGUUUCAGCAUACUUCAGAUAGUUUGCUUCACGCACUUAUACCAGAAGAUACAACGUCAUCCAGGCCUUGUCUCUUAGAAAUACGGCCAGGAGUUGGUGGUAUAGAAGCUCAGUUAUUUGCUGGGGAGUUAUUGGAAAUGUAUUGUGGUUAUGCUGUAAAACACAAUUGGAAGUAUCAUAUUGCUGAAAAAAAUACGAACGAAAUGGGAAACAUAACUUGGGCUGUACUUAAGAUUGAUCAACCAAAUUCGUUUGGUAAAAUGAAAUAUGAAGCGGGGGUCCACAGAGUUCAAAGAAUUCCAGCAAGUGAAAGUAAAGGUAGAACACAUACAUCAACUGCAGCUAUAGUUGUUAGACCAAUCAUUAAAGAGUUAUAUAAUAAAAAUGCCUCUUCUUUGGUUAAGUUAAAUGAUGUAAGAGUAGAUGUAAUGAGAGCUAGAGGUAAAGGAGGGCAGCAUGUUAAUACUACUGAUUCAGCGGUUCGUUUAACUCAUCUACCAACUGGUAUAACAGUUUCAAUGCAGGAUGAAAGAUCUCAAAAUCGAAAUAAAGCAAGAGCAUUUGAAAUAUUAGAGCAACGUCUCCAGGAAAGAGAGAUAAGCGCAAAAAAGCAAGAUCUAAGAGAUACUAGAAAAAGUCAAGUUCCGACAAUAGAACGUUCUGAAAAGAUUCGUACUUAUAAUUUCCAUCAGAAUCGAGUAACAGAUCAUAGAUGCAACUUUCAAACUCAUGAUUUAGAUAAUGUAAUGACAGGUGAAUCUUUGGAUAAAUUGAUAGAAGCUAUGGAAAAAUAUGAAUUGGAUCAAAAAAUUUCAGACUUGAUUGGACAUAUAUAA